UGGCAAGAGUUGUGUCCCUUGCAAGAGGCAUUCGCUCGAUAAACGAAGCGCUUCUCCUUCUGGCAGGAAAGGGGCAAAUACUGCCGCGACCGCAGGGAACACCUUUGUCGUUAAUUCCCCGUUGAAAAGAGAGCCCGCAGAUACACACAGAGAUUAUUAUAAAUAGGGGUUGUUGUUGUAAUAGAUGCAUAUAUUGUAAUGGCCGAAGAGGACGAUGACGAAAAGCCGCCAACGUAUAAUGAGGCUGUGCAGGUCCUAACGCGUGAAAUCCGUCACAAAUAUGGGAUCACCGCAUCUAACUUUGGACCAGAAUUUCUUAUGGGUAACUCCGAUAUUGUGGCUAUAUUCCCACCCCACGAAGACGACGGAAACCAUGGGUAGGCUCUCCGUAAACCAGUCUCCAUCUGCGGAGACGUCACCAACGUCUUCCAGAACGAGCAGCGUACCGGAUACUUCGGCAACACCAACACAUCCUACCACUGACAUUAAUUCACCACGUGCACAUCAAAGAACUGUAGAUCCCUCGAAUCAACCACAGCACACCAAAGGCCGGGUUGAAUACCCACUGCAGGUCUCCUUUGAACAUGGCAAUCUGGACAUUCUGUCUAACUGUACACAGACUGAUGUCAACUGGGAGGUCCCUGCUAACGCUGACUUGUUCUCUGCGUUAAUCUACAGACUACAAGUGAUGAUGCCACCUCGCUCGGACGUGGUGAGCGACUGGGAGGAGGUUGCCGUGUGCAAAAGCCCCCUGAUUCGGUUCUACAGGCUUGGGGAGGUACUUAUUAUCAACAAAAAACGUUUUAAAAGACUGUUUGGCAAUCCCCCCAAACCGUUUUCUGUCAUUAUAAAACUGAGGAUCAGAGCUGAAGGAAUCCCAAGGGACUCGGAAGUCACGAGAAACGGAUUUUGGAAUGAGAUUGAUUUACGAUUGUGGCGAGAGACAUCGUGAUUCAAUAAAAGACUGAAGUUGA